GCAGCCCUUCUCCCACUGAGUCCUGAGUGGCCGGUGUUCUUUCAUUGGGUUCGCUGCAGUCAGUGUCGGAUCUCUGUGUUGUGUGUGUGCCGUUGUAGCCAUGGUGCUGGACUUGGACUUAUUCCGUGAGGACAAAGGAGGGAACCCGGAGCUCGUACGGGAGACACAGAGGAAGAGGUUUAAAGACCCGGGCUUGGUGGACUCUCUGCUCCGGUCAGACGCGGCAUGGAGGAAAUGCAGGUUCCAAACAGACAACCUGAACAAGCAGAAAAAUCUCUGCAGCAAAACCAUUGGGGAAAAAAUGAAGAAGAAAGAGCCUGUUGGUGACAGCGAUGAACUCCCAGAAAAUGCCCAGGAUGUACACCAGUUAACUGCAGAAAUUCUGAGUACAUUAUCAGUAACGCAGAUUAAGAAACUUCGAGUCAUGAUAGAUGAGAAAAUUGCAGAAAUCGACACGGAACGUUUGCGUUUAGAGACUGAAAGAUUUGAAAGCCUUCGAGAAAUAGGAAACCUGCUGCACCCAUCUGUACCAAUCAGUAAUGAUGAGGACAAUGACAACAAAGUGGAGCGCACAUUUGGAGACUGUGGAAGUAAAAAGAAGUACUCUCAUGUGGAUCUUGUAGUUAUGGUAGAUGGCUUUGAAGGAGAUAAAGGUGCCGUAGUUGCUGGCAGCAGAGGCUAUUUCCUUAAGGGUCCACUUGUAUUUUUGGAGCAAGCACUUAUCCAGUUUGCACUUCAGACUCUAGCAGGGAAAGGUUAUACUCCCAUAUACACACCAUUUUUCAUGAGGAAAGAAGUAAUGCAGGAAGUAGCUCAACUAAGCCAGUUUGAUGAUGAGUUGUAUAAGGUGAUUGGAAAGGGUAGUGAAAAAUCUGAUGAUAAUUCCAUUGAUGAAAAGUACCUGAUCGCAACAUCGGAACAACCAAUUGCUGCUUUACAUCGUGAUGAAUGGUUAAAGCCUGAAGACUUACCCAUCCGUUAUGCAGGCUUAUCGACUUGUUUCCGUCAGGAAGUUGGCUCCCAUGGAAGAGAUACGCGUGGGAUCUUUAGAGUGCAUCAGUUUGAAAAGAUUGAGCAGUUUAUAUAUGCCUCUCCUCAUGAUAACAAGUCCUGGGAGUUGUUUGAUGAGAUGAUCGCCACAGCAGAAGGUUUUUACCAGGCAUUGGGCAUUCCAUAUCGCAUAGUUAACAUUGUUUCAGGUUCUUUAAAUCAUGCAGCCAGUAAGAAGCUGGACUUGGAAGCAUGGUUUCCUGGCUCGGCUGCAUUUAGAGAAUUAGUGUCUUGCUCAAAUUGCACUGACUAUCAGGCACGAAGGCUGCGCAUCCGUUAUGGACAAACAAAAAAGAUGAUGGAUAAGGUUGAUUUUGUGCAUAUGUUAAAUGCUACAAUGUGUGCUACAACACGAGCCAUCUGUGCAAUUCUGGAGAAUUAUCAGACCGAAGAUGGAAUAACUAUACCAGAAAAACUCAGAGAUUUCAUGCCUGUUGGGCUUAAGGAUAUAAUAAAAUUUGUGAAGCCAGCUCCAAUUGACCAAGAGCUAGCAAAAAAACAAAAGAAACAGCACGAUAGUGGGAAAAAGAGUCAAAACGGCGAUCUAGAUACUCAGAUGCAGAAAAUGGAAGUCAACAGUGCAUAAUGUUAAGAUAACUUUCCAUAAUCCAUUCCGGUGCACGUACCCUAUUAACCUACGGAGUUACAACAGACCAUUACAUUAUUGGGCCUUUGUCAUUUUCAUUUAUCCCUGGAUCAUUAGUCAUGAUCUCCCAUUUUUUUCUGUUUGCAGCAAAGAACAGUUGGACAAUAUAUUUCAGGGGUUAAUACAGUGGCAAAGUGGAAUAAAAUGUACUCUUAAAUGUAUAAAAAAUAGAGCAGGCUGUUAAAUUGUGUUCAUGAUUGUGCAAUAUAUGGCAGUUCUUGACUAGAAAA